UUAGGUUGGCCAUAAAUGCCAUGAAAGUGUCAGUCUUGUUGAUCUUUGCAACCCAAGCACUUAAAUAGUGCCUAGCAUAGAGUUGAAAUUCAGUAAAUAAUUUAUUGACGGAAUGAAUGAUAAAGAUUCUGUGCCUUCUUGGAUUUUCUAGCUACUCUAGUAAUUGAAAAGCUGCUGGAGUUAACAAGAGCUGAGCAAGACUGAGGUUGAACUGAUAGAAUGUGUCUGGCUUUUGCCUUGGGAUGAACUCUAACCCAUGGUCCCUAUGUAACAGGUUAUACUUCCUGUAAAUACCAGUUUGUGGGAUUGAAUCUGUGUUCACUUAGGUUGUGAAAGCCCUUUUGCUUGCUUUUAAUCUGUUAUAUGCUUGUUUCUCUUUGCAGUUCCAAUUGCGGAGUGGUAAACAUAUACAGUCAAGAUUCUUGUCUCCAAGAAACAAACCCAAGGCCGAUAAAAGCUAUAAUGAACUUGGUUACAGGUGUUACGUCUCUGACCUUCAAUCCUACUACAGAAAUCUUGGCAAUUGCUUCAGAAAAAAUGAAAGAAGCAGUCAGAUUGGUCCACCUUCCUUCCUGUACAGUAUUUUCAAACUUCCCAGUUAAAAAGAAGAAUAUUUCUCUUGUUCAUACCAUGGAUUUUUCUCCCAGAAGUGGAUAUUUUGCCUUGGGGAAUGAAAAGGGCAAAGCCCUGAUGUAUAGGUUGCAUCAUUACUCAGACUUUUAAAGAGAUGAUUUGAAGUAAGAAAAAAAUUUUUUUAAAUCGAUUCUACAAAGUUGUACGGUUACACCCAUCACUGUCAAUUGGCAGAGUGACCACACUGACUGAUCUUUGUUUCUUUGCCUCUGGGUUGCUGCAUCAUCAGUUAAGGGAGUGGGUUGGAAGUAGAUCAGGAAGAGCCUAUCUGGCUUGAACCUCCCUUGGGAAUUUCUUAUCGCAAAUCAUAACAAUCUGGCUCUGUUCUUAUGCUAAUACUGUGUCCAUAAUGGUCAUCAGAAUUUUAAUUACUGAAUAUUUAAGCCAUAAAGGACAUUAGACUUAACUGAGAGAGGUAAGUAUUUUUAGACAUAAUCAUAGCUUCCAUGAGCUCAAACCCUUUUAUUUUGUAUAUGUUUCUUGAGAGAUUAUGAGUGACUUGCUUUGUAGCUUGUUAAUGGUGGCUUGUCACAGAGCCAGUUAAAUGGCUGGU